AUGGAGGACGACGAUGACUUCGGAGAUCUUUAUACAGACGUCCUUCGGCCUCUGAUGGCGACGCAUCCGCCUCACGCCGACCGAACCGUCGCGGAGACGGCCCCCCAGAGCCACCCGAUCGAUCCGCCUGUCAACAGCGAUGAUGAGGAGACUCUCCAUGGAGCUGCUGAUUUUAAGGAUUCGAUUUCCAGUUUCAUUCCUGAUCCGUGUCUAAAAUCGAAUGCCUCAAUUCAAGAAAAAACCCUACCCGAACCGGAGCACCUGUCCGAACUUGGAGGAUUCAAUUUGAAUUUCGGUUCCAAUUCGAAGGCUUCCAAGCUUCCUGGCGGUAUUGGCUUGAGGUUGGAAGCUACGGUGGAAAUACGGGAAACGGGGUCUUCAGGGGGAAUUAAUUUUAUGGAGGACGAAGAUGAUCUGGACAUCGUGGUGGAGGAGAGGGAGUACAAAGACGAUGACAUGGUCGAGAAAGACGUCAACUCUAUGGACAAACAAGAGAAGUUCAGCUCAGCAGGACAAAGGGAAAAUAAGGGCAUUGUGGCCCAAGGCCCAGGUGGAGAAACGGGCCCUGACCAGAUGAUUCCGGGGCUGGGCCCCAAGUUUGCAGACGAGUGGGAAAGUGAUGACAGUGAAGAUGAUCUGCAGAUAGUUUUGAAUGAUAGCCACCACGGGCCAAUGGGGAUGGAGAAGAUGCAGGGAAUGGACGAUGAAGAUGAUGAUGAGGAUGGAGAUCAGCUGGUAAUCGUUGCGGAUAAUGGUGACAUCGGCCACCACCACCAGCCAAUGCUCGAGGAGAGAGAGCCGGGAGCUGAGGAAGGGGGGCCAACAGCCGAUGGGGAGAGGAAGGAGUCAGGUGAUGCCACUAAGGCAGGUGGAGUUCAGCCGAAGAUUGGGUACAGCAAUCACUUGUAUCAUCACCACCCAUUCCAUUCGCAGUUCAAGUAUGUGAGACCUGGUGCAGCACCAUUGCCAGGGGGAAUUCAAGGUCUAGUACGUCCACCCGUUACUGUGGGCACUGGAGCUGGACGUGGUAGAGGGGAAUGGAGACCAAGAGGCCCUGUCCCCAUUCAAAAGGGGCUUCAUCCUGGUUAUGGCAUGCCUGGUUGGGGACCUAAUACAGCAGGACGUGGUUAUGGAAGUGGAUUGGAUUUCACUCUUCCAUCACAUAAGACAAUUUUUGAAGUUGACAUUGAUGGGUUUGAAGAAAAACCAUGGAGGCUUCAAGAAAUUGACAUGUCAGACUUUUUCAACUUUGGCUUGAAUGAGGAGGGUUGGAAAGAUUACUGCAAACAACUGGAACAACUCCGUCUCGAGACAACUAUGCAAGGCAAGAUCCGUGUCUAUGAAAGUGGUAGGAUGGAACAGGAUCACGAUCCAGAUCUUCCCCCAGAGCUUGCGGCAGCAGUUGGUAACCAAGAAGUUCCAUCCGAGAAUGCAAAUACUGGGGCGGGAGAAGGAUCUGACUUAGCAAGAGCAAGUGCACAUGCUCCGCCACCAGUUCCUGUUGGCCGGCCAAUACCAGUAGAGACUGGCUCUGGUGAUCGUCUCCCAUCAACUGACACUAGGCGUCCGAGAAUGCAUGAUGUAGAUGCUAUUAUUGAGAUUGUCUGUCAGAGUUCCAAUGACGAUGACAUGGCAGAACAACAAGACAAUAAUGCUGUUGGAGAGGAUAUUGGAGGAGUUGACGAUAUUGAUGUUGUUCAAGAGGAUGAUGCAGGUCAUGUUGAUCAUUCUUCACAUGCGUAUAAAGAAGGUGAAAACAGAGAAAUUAUCGUGAGAAAGAAGCAGCUUGUAAGCCGUGAUGAGCUAGGAGGCAAGGGUGAUCCUCGUGAACAAAGGUAUGUGGAUGGUUUUUCCUUAAUACUUUCACAUGGUAAAUAUUUUAUCUUCUCUUCAAAUUUACCUUUGAAUGCAACCAUUGUACACGAUCGAAAGAACUCUCAAGUUUAUUCGUACACAAAGCGUACCGGGCAGGAAAAAUCACCUACCAAGACGAACCCCAGUGAUGAUGAUGGAGAAAAACAGGUAACUGAUAAUGAGCCAUUUGACAGUGAGGAUGGAAAACAAAACCUGCUUUUGUCAUCUGAAGAUGGGGAGCCGGCCGUGGCCAUUGAGGAUGAUGACAUGAAUGGUGACUCCAGAAUGGACGACGAGAGAAGCCUUGAUGAUGACAUGGAGAGAGAAAACUCCAAGUUUGGGGGCAGGGCUAGAUCUAGAUGCGUGGACCACCGGGAGAUCCACGAAGACGAAGUCCUUCAGGACCGGCGACACCAUCCUCGCCCAGGUGGCGAUAUCAAGAGGCGAGCCGAAGAGGAAGAGGACGGCAUGCGCGGUAGAGGUCACCGGGAGAGAGAGGAUUCCAAUCCCUGGGGAGGUGGGACCCGCCGUCAUGCGAGGGGCGAGAGUUCGGAUCACUGGCGGAAGAGGGACAUGGUCGAGAGAGAUAACAGCAGUUGGAGGGGGCUGAUUCCUGACCGAGAUGAGGGACUGAGGCCGAGGGAGAGGGACGAUCUCGUAAAGACCCAACAUAAAAAAGCGGACGACGCUCACAGCAAUAGAAGGAAAGACAGGACGUAUGCCGACCGGGGGAGUGGUGCUGGAAAGGAAGAGAAAUCCUACAAUCAUAGUAGAGAAAGCAGCCGUAGGAAGAGAGAAAGAGAUGAUGCCCAUGCAAAGACAAAGGAUGACGAUACUUAUUACGGCAGACAAAAAGAAGCGACAAGGCUGGCCCCAACAGGUGCACGGGCUCCUGAAGACAAAAAGUGGAUCGGUCACUCUCGUGGGAAAGACGAUUACAAAGGAUCCGGGAGAGAUUACCACUCGAGAAACGUGGAUCGGCAUGGGGAUCAGCUCAAGAGAAGGGAUCGAGUUGAAGAUAAUAGCUUUUCACGGAGUAGGGGCCGUGAGGAUGCUCAUGCACGUGGAAGCCGUCAAGGUAGUAAGGAUGAAAAGAAGACAGCAAAUGAGAGACCUGCGAGCGAUGAGCGUGAAGUCAGUGCUUCUGAUAUUUCUUCUAGGCAGCAUGAACAUAACAGGCAGAAAGUGGGAAGCCAGAAGGAUAUGGAAUUUGAAAGUGGAGAACAUAGUUCCUUGAAUCCUUCUGAGAGGAACCACAAUGAUGGGCAUAGCGGCCAGAUGAGUGAGAUGGUGGACUUGAGAGUCAAAACCGAGCAGUCAAAUCCCGAGACCAACCGGCAGCUCUCAAGAAAGGAUGGAGAAGAAGCUUCCUCAGACGAUGAGCACCGUACGAGGUCCAAAAGGGGACGCUCCAAAUUUGAGCGCUGGACUAGCCAUCAAGAGAAGGAUCUCACUACGACCUCGAUUUCGCCAUCAUCUUCUUUUAGGAACACCAACAAAGACUCGGACACACCAAACAGCGGCUUGGCUUCUUUGAAAAUUAUGGAAAAUAAUAAGUCCGAGGCCUUGGCCCACGAUAAAGGCGCGAGUGCAAAACCUGUGAUUGACGAUAGCAGACACAUGGACACGGUCGAGAAACUGAAGAAAAGGAGUGAACGUUUUAAACUUCCUAUGCCGGGCGGAAAAGAAGCUGUGGCUGUUAAGAAAGUGGAGCGUGAGUCUCUGCCUUCUGCACAAACUGAAAUCCAACCGGAUUUGGAGAUCAAGCCUGAACGCCCGGCCCGUAAAAGGAGAUGGGCUGGAAAUUAA